CAGAUCCAACAUGUUUAAUCUGAGCAGAAGAGAAUCAUUCGUGGUCCAGAGUGAAUUCUCCACUUGAAAACAAUUACACAUAUUCCAACCGGAGGGUCCUCCCCAAUCAAACCCACCCACACGUAUUGCUGCCAUAAAGCUCCCACCCUGCGCUGUGCGUAGACGCGCGUCGCGAGAGCAUUGACUGUACUAGCAGCUAUCGUGGACGUGAAAGAAGAAGGGAAAAAAGGAGAGAGGGAGCAGAGAGCAGCAGCAGCAGCAGCAGCAGGAGGAGGAGGAGGACACAACCAGGACUACAACACACCGAACGGACGAAAACAGAAGCUGGAUGAUAUCCGCAGCAGACCUGGAGCUCUGAGCCGCCGGAGAGACGACGUGGUGCGGAUAGUACCGCAGGAUAGCCUGUAUUUUUUUUUUGUCUUCCCCUCCCUCCGCCGCAGUGAAAGCAGCCCGAGCUGUCGGUCAGGAGGCUCGCGACUCGCCUGCUCUUCCUCGUCAGAAAAGAGGAAGGUUUAGGGAGACGCGGACUGAAGGAGUUGGGAUGUCCUGAGUCAGCCCUCCGGUCCCAGAGAGCAGUUUGCCGAUGGGACCUGCUGCUCCACCAUGAGCUUACAAGAUGGCGGCUGCAGCUACGCCAGCAGCGCCAACCUGGCCACCAUUACGGGCAGCAUGCGGCGGCGCCUGGAGGACCAGGAGUUCACCCUGCGUGUCUAUCCGGGCUCGCUGGCCGAGGGCACCAUCUACUGCCCGGUCGCCGCCCGCAAAAUCACCACCGCCGCCGAGGCCAUCGAGUGCCUCAUCGAGCGCCUGCGCCUGGAUCGCACCAAGUGCUACGUGUUGGCCGAGGUGAAGGAGUUCGGUGGGGAGGAAUGGAUCCUCAACCCGGGAGACUGCCCAGUUCAGCGCAUGAUGCUGUGGCCGAGGACCGCCCUGGAGAACCGCAGCGGCCUUGGCAGUGGCGAAGACUAUCGCUUCCUGCUGCGAGAGAAGAACCUGGACGGGUCUAUCCACUAUGGCGGCAGCUUGCAGAUGUGGCUGCGGGUGACGGAGGAGCGGCGGCGCAUGGUGGAACGGGGUUUCCUACCCCAGCCGGCCGGGAACGACCCGCCAUCCGACCUGUGCGCUCUCCCGGAGCUGACCGAGCGCGCCCUUCUGGAGAGCCUGCGCGCCCGCUUCAGGCAGGAGAAGAUCUACACUUACGUUGGGAGUAUUCUUAUCGUGAUCAACCCUUUCCAGUUCUUGCCGAUCUACAACCCGAAGUACGUCAAACUGUACGACAACCACACACUGGGGAAGCUGGAGCCGCACAUUUACGCCGUGGCGGACGUGGCGUACCACGCCAUGUUGCAGCGACGGAAAAACCAGUGCAUCGUGAUCUCCGGCGAAAGCGGAUCGGGCAAAACGCAGAGCACCAACUUCCUCAUCCAUCACCUGACCGCCCUCAGCCAAAAGGGGUUCGCAAGUGGCGUGGAGCAGAUCAUCCUGGGAGCGGGACCCGUUUUGGAGGCUUUUGGGAACGCCAAGACGGCGCACAACAACAACUCCAGCCGCUUCGGGAAAUUCAUCCAGGUCAACUACCAGGAGAGCGGCACCGUCAGAGGAGCUUAUGUGGAGAAAUAUCUGCUGGAGAAAUCCCGCCUGGUGUACCAGGAGCACAACGAGAGGAACUACCACGUGUUUUACUACCUGCUGGCUGGAGCCAGUGAGGAAGAGAGGAAGGCUUUCCACCUGCUCAAACCAGAGGAGUACCACUACCUUAACCAGAUGACAAAGAGACCACACAAACUCCACUGGGACAAUUUCUAUGAGUCUGAGCUGCAGGAUUGUUUCACCGUGGAGGGAGAAGACCUGAAGCAUGACUUCGAGCGGCUGCAGCUGGCCAUGGAGAUGGUCGGGUUCCUACCGUCCACCCGCAAACAGAUUUUCUCCCUGCUGUCUGCCAUCCUGCACCUGGGGAACAUCCGUUACAAGAAGAAGACCUACAGGGACGACUCCAUCGACAUCUGUAAUCCGGAGGGUCUGCCCAUCGUCUCGGAGCUGCUGGAGGUGAAAGAGGAAAUGCUACUUGAAGCCCUGACGACCAGGAAGACGGUGACCGUCGGCGAGAGGCUCAUCGUUCCCUACAAACUAGCAGAGGCCAACACAGUGAGAGACUCGAUGGCCAAGUCUCUGUACAGCGCGCUGUUUGACUGGAUCGUGUUCAGGACGAACCACGCCCUGCUCAACAACAAGGACCUGGAGGACAGCUCAAAGAUCCUCUCCAUAGGAGUGCUGGACAUCUUCGGCUUCGAGGAUUAUGAGAACAACAGCUUCGAACAGUUCUGCAUCAACUUCGCUAACGAGCGCCUCCAACACUACUUCAACCAACACAUCUUCAAGUUGGAACAGGAGGAGUACCGGGCUGAGGGCAUCUCGUGGCACAACAUUGACUACAGCGACAACAGCGGCUGCCUCAACCUCAUCAGCAAGAAACCCACGGCUCUGUUCCACCUGCUGGACGAGGAGUGCAAUUUCCCCCAGGCCUCCAAUCAGACCUUGCUGGACAAGUUCAAGCGUCAGCAUGAAGGAAACAGCUACAUCGAGUUCCCCGCCGUCAUGGAGCCCGCCUUCAUCAUCAGACACUACGCUGGUAAAGUCAAGUAUGGAGUCAAGGACUUCAGGGAGAAGAACACUGACCACAUGAGGCCCGACAUCGUCGCCUUGCUGAAGAGCAGCAAGAACGCCUUCAUCUGCGGCCUGAUGGGGAUUGACCCGGUGGCAACCUUCCGCUGGGCCGUGUUGCGGGCCUAUUUCAGAGCCGUUGUGGCUUUCAGGGAGGCCGGCCGCAGACACACCCACAAAAACACAGGGAAUGAUGCAGCUGUUCCCUGUCCUGUAGUCAAAACUGUUGACAGCUUCAGCUUCAUUCAUCAUCCGGUUCACCAGCGGAGCCUUGAGAUCCUUCAGAGAUGUAAAGAUGAAAAAUACAGUAUCGCUCGGAAGAAUCCACGAACGCCUUUGUCGGCUCUUCAAGGCACCAAUGCCCUGAACGAGAAGGCCAGCUGGGAUGGCUAUGGCGUUGGGUGCAACGGUCGCGGCUCGCGAUCAGGUUGCGUCUCGUCAUCAGGAAGCCCCGCCCUGGAGGAAGAGGGCAUCUUCCUGAACUCAGGCAGCAGCAAGCUCCUGGAGAGAGCUCAGGGCAUCCUACUGAGAAACAAAAACUGCAAAAGUAAACCAAGCCUUCCCAAGCACUUGUUGGACGUGAAGUCUCUGCGCUAUCUGAGCAGCGUGACGCUCCAUGACCGCAUCACCAAGUCUCUGCUCCACCUGCACAAGAAGAAGAAGCCACCCAGCAUCAGCGCUCAGUUCCAGGCGUCCCUCACCAAGCUGAUGGAGACUCUGGACCAAUCAGAGCCGUACUUCGUCAAGUGCAUCCGCUCCAAUGCAGAGAAGCUGCCGCUGCGCUUCAACGACAGCCUGGUGCUCAGGCAGCUGCGCUACACCGGAAUGCUGGAGACGGUCCGGAUCCGCCAGUCGGGAUACAGCAUCAAGCACACCUUCCAGGAGUUUGUUCGCCAUUUUCAUGUGCUGCUGCCUCGAGGAACGAGCCCCACCAAGUCCGGGAUCCGAGAGUUCUUCAGACGGAUCCACCUGCCUCCCGCCGGGUACCAAGUGGGCCACACAAUGGUGUUCCUGCGCGAGGCGGAGCGACAGCGUCUGCAGACCCUCCUUCACCAGGAAGUGCUGAGGCGAAUCGUCAUGCUGCAGCGUCGCUUCAGAGCCGUCCUGGAGAGGAGACACUUUGUCAGCAUGAGGCGAGCAGCGCGCUUCAUCCAGCGAUGGUGGCGUUCGUGGCUCUUCAGUCAAUCUGGCGUGGACUCGAGCGUUGAGGAGGCGGCAGUGGUGUGUCUGCAGUCAGCGUGGCGCGGAUACAGGGAGCGCAGGCGGUUCCUGCAGCAGCGGGCGUCUGCCGUCACCAUACAGCGCAGCUGGAGGAGCUGCCGCCGGCGCCACUGCACCCAGGCGGCCGUAGUCAUCCAGACGGCCUGGAGGCGGGUCAGGGAGAGGAACCGGUUCUGUAGGGCGCGCAGCUCCGUGACGCAGCUGCAGGCCAUCGGCCGGGGAUACCUGGCUCGAGUCAGGUUUAAACUCCUAAGGGAGCAAAGUGAAAGGCUCAGCAGACGGCCGAGGCCUGACACAGGGACGGAUGUGGGGAACCUGGAGGACUUGGUCCCAUCAGGACUGGACGUUUCUGUUAGCGCAGACUCUUCCGAGGAACCUGAUCCCACCAAGACGGACCGAGAUGAUGACUCGGAGCGAUCCAGGAGCACGGACGAGAUGAGCCACAAGAGCCGGUCGAAGCGGGAGAGCAGGCGCAUGAGAGAACUGGAGCAGGCCCAGUUCAGCUUGGAGCUCCUCAAAGUCCGAACCACCAGCAUUGGGGGUUCUCUCCUAGAAGACGCCACCCCUGACAGCAGCCUCGCUCAGACGGAUGACCGUCAUCAAAGACUCUCGCCACAGGGAUCCCUGGCUAGUCACGGCAGUUUUGAGAUGCUCAGCGUGGACGAAAUGGAGAUGGAAGGAAGACCUCUGGAAAUUCUCCGAGAUUCAAACCACAAUGAGAAACCAGUGAAGGAGCUGAGGCCAGAGGGACCAAGGGCGACGUUUUACAUCCCUUCGGAACAGAGUCCAGCCAACCUGGGAAGUCCUUCGAGAUCCGUCAAAGAUAGAAAGGAGUCGGUUUCCCGAAGGCCUGUGGUGGUGUUGAUCAGCAUGCAGAAAGAGAGUCCUGUGGAGGAGGGGGAGCUGCUGGCAGCUCACACCCUAGAAGGGGCUUCUCAAACGGGACCCUUUGACUCCUCUACAGCACCCAGUGAAGGUGUAGGUGCACCCACACACAAGGAGCAACCCACUGAAGUCUUCCCCCACGCGAAGAGAGAUGUAGCUGGGGCGGAGAAGCCCUCAAAGCUUCCAACUCAAGCACUACGAGGAGAGAACCCAGAGGAACCAGCACUUUGUCCCCCAAAGGUGGACGUCCAGAUCAGCCAAAAGUCCAGUGUGUCCACUGUUCUUCCAGGUAAGCAGGAAAGGAAGACAGUCCGUCCUGCACAGGAGGCUCCCAGCCCGAUACUGGACACCAAACCGCCAAAAGCCCAGAAGAAGAGCUCCGCUCAGACUGUGAUCGUGAACAUGGUGGAGAAACCGUCCAGCACUGUGUUCUCUCCACCCAGACGCAAGCUGCCUUUCUCCAAGUCGGAUAAGGAUUUGGUGAACCAGGAGAGAUCUCUCUCUCUUUCUAUGCACAGAGACGACUCUAAAUCUGCUGGAUCCAGAAACAGAGAGCAGGUGAGCCGCCCCGGCCCCAAAAAGAAAGCCCGAAUGUCCCGGACGCGCUCCGACUUCCUGACCCGCUGUAACUCGGAGGGGGCCACCCAGUCGGAUGACGACGACGAAUACUACAUCCCCGCACACUCCUGCACGCUGCCCCUCUCCCUGUCUCCCUCACGAGCCCACCCCAACACCGACUGUCACAGUGACUCCGAGAUGUCUCAUAAAGAGCAGAAGAAGAUCCAUAAGACCAUGUCAUCAGGGGACCUGGGCAAAGUGGAAAUCCUCAGGAAAUCUUCCAAUCAGGAUGGAAGCAGGAUGAGAGGUAAGAUGCGUUUCUGGAGCAAGACGAAACACAGUGAGAAAAAACUGUCGAGGGAGAAGCAAACCAGCAGGAGUGAGGCUGGUGAGACGCAUGAAAGUGCAUCUCCUCCGCGGAGUCCAGACUUGGAAGUGGUUCCUUCGCGGGAGACCCGGGACACUAAGGAGAACAAGGAGCCCUCUCCAAAGAUGAAGCGGCGCCGCAGCUUAAAGAUAAGCAGCAUCGCCGUGGAACCGGCCCAGUGGCAGAACGACUCGCUGCACAUCCUCACCUCGGCCCACGACUACCGCACCAUGAACGAAUUUCUCAUGAAGAAGAUCGCUGACUUGGACUCAGAAGAUAGUAAAAAGGACACCAUGGUAGAUGUUGUCUUCAAGAAAGCACUGAAGGAGUUCAGGAUCAACAUCUUCAACUCAUACUCCACCGCCCUUGCUAUGGAUGACGGGAGGAGUAUCCGCUACAAGGACCUGCACGCGCUGUUCGAGCACAUCCUGGAGAAGACCAUGCGUCUGGAGCAGAGGGACUGGAGUGAGUCGCCGGUGAAGGUGUGGGUCAACACCUUCAAGGUUUUCCUGGACGAAUUCAUGACCGAGUACAAACCCAUGGAGGGAACCAUCGGCAGGACUCUAAAGCGUGAACGCAAAAAAUCCAGGAAGAAGGAAACUGACAUUGUGGAAGAGCAUAAUGGGCACAUCUUUAAGUCCACUCAGUAUAGCAUCCCCACCUACUGCGAGUACUGCUCCUCCCUGAUCUGGAUGAUGGACCGAGCCUGCGUUUGCAAAUUGUGCCGCUACGCCUGCCACAGGAAGUGCUGCUCCAAGAUGACCACCAAGUGCAGUAAAAAGUACGACCCAGAGCUGUCGUCCCGUCAGUUUGGGGUGGAGUUGUCUCGUCUGACCAGUGAUGAGCGUGCCGUUCCCCAGCUGGUGGAGAAACUCAUCAACUACAUCGAGAUGCACGGCCUCUACACUGAGGGAAUCUACAGGAAGUCGGGCUCCACCAAUAAGAUCAAAGAACUCCGGCAGGGCCUGGACACAGAUGUGAGCAGCGUCAUUCUGGACGACUACAACAUCCAUGUCAUUGCCAGCGUUCUCAAACAGUGGCUCCGCGACCUGCCCAGCCCCCUCAUGACCUUUGAACUGUAUGAAGAGUUCCUCAGAGCCAUGGGCCAACCGGACAAGCGGGAGGUGAUCCAAGGCGUGUACUCUGUCAUCGACCAGCUCAGCCGGACACACCUCAGCACCCUGGAGCGCCUCAUCUUCCACCUGGUCAGGAUUUCCCUGCAGGAGGAGACCAACAGGAUGUCCGUCAACGCUCUCGCCAUCGUCUUUGCUCCCUGCAUCCUCCGUUGUCCGGACACCAUUGACCCGCUGCAGAGUGUCCAGGACAUCAGCAAAACCACAGCGUGUGUGGAGCUGAUCAUCAACGAGCAGAUGAGCAAGUACAAAGCUCGUCUGAAGGACAUCAGCAGUCUGGAGUUUGCAGAGAGCAAAGCCAAGAGCAGGCUGACCCACAUCAGGAGGUCCCUGAAACCUGUACUAAUUGCUGUUAGGUUUAUGAGCAUUACCCGCUCUACCACCCCGCCUAGCACAGCUACGUUUAAGAACAAAGUUCGUGUUCGGCAAAGCGGCUCCCACAUCCCCUCGCCUCCUCUGAGCCCUAAAGCAGAAGGAGACGGAGUGGGAGGCGCCGGAGGAGGAGGAGGAGGAGAGGAGGCAGCAGGAGAAACGGAGAUCAAUGAGCAGCAGCAGCAGGCCAUGCAGCAGGAGGAGCGGAUCCUCACGGAGCAGAUCGAGAGUUUGCAGAAAGAGAAGGAGGAGCUGACAUACGAGAUGUUGGUGUUGGAACCACGCGCGUCCGACGAUGAAACGCCUGAAUCGGAGGCCUCCAUCGGCACAGCGGACAGCUCUGAAAACAUCACCAUGGAGAUGGAAGGAGCCACAUCCGACCCCUCUGAACGCGGGACGUAUCGAUCGAGGAAGUCCGAGGCGAAGACCAGACGGACUCUGCGUCGUCAGCCGGACUCUCAGGACUCGGUCGACUCCACCUCUACCGCCUCCUCCUCCUACCAGCCCUCUUCCUCCCUCUCCUCCAUAGCCUCCGGUUCCCCGUCCCCCCACUACCGCUUCCGUUCGUCCUCCUCCGGGCCCCUGCUCACCUCCUGCGGCCUGGGGGCCCCGCUGGCGGAACCGGAGGAUGGCCAAAGGACUGGAAAGACUCGCCUCAGGCUCAGGCUGAGCCGCAGCUCGCCGCGCGACUCCUCUGGAAGCCAUCAGAGGGAGUCGGACUUUGGCCCGGGCCCACAGCAGCUGGUUCUGUACAGCAAUAACGAGUUUAUGGUGUGAUGAUGAAGUGGGUGACGAAGACUGGCUGCUGCUGGUUUCUGAAGGGAAUUAUGGGAAGGUUGCAGGUUAGUGCGGACGCCCUCCUCUUUGCCCAAUCCCCAUCACCCUCUGACCCAGUCGAAGCUGAGCGAAUUGGGGCAGCGACAAUGCGGAGGGACAUUGUGGCAAACGGUCAAGAGAAGUGGACUUGAUUAUCUGUGCGGACCAAUGUGAAGUUAGGACAUCUCAGUACUUUAUGGCCCCUGCAGGUGUACCAGGGGUCGCUUAAAGGAACAACGAGAGGGGGAAGAAAAGAUACUGUUGGGGGUGGCGGUGUUACUUUAAAACAAAUUCCUGCAAAGCCAAAUCUUACAACGCCCCAUCUUUAUUUUUCAGCAUGUGGGCAGGUGGGUAAAGCCACCGAGAAGAAAUGUAGCCAUACUGACUGAACUGGUGGAACCAGCGCCAAGCUAAGUGUGCUUU